AUGAAGAACGUUGGAGGCUGGAUCGCAGUUCUCUGGGCGGCGUGCUGUGUACGCCGCGUUAUUUGCGAAGCACAAUGCUUCUUUCCCGGAGGAGAGGAGGAUCUGCAGGGCAACCCGUGCAAUGUGAACGCAGUUAACAACGGCGGACACAGCUCGUGCUGCCAGGUGAACGAUGCGUGCUUCGCAGACGGCACGUGCUCUACUUACGCGAUGAAUAUCCCGUACAGGCAAAGCUGCACAGAUCAGAUGUGGCAAGAUGACGCCUGUCCUCGAGGCAUCUGCACUGGCAUUGAUUCAGCAUAUGACGCCGUCGUUGUCUGGAUGGUCAAGUGCUUCCCACGCAACGCCAGCACCUGCUGCCUUCAGGGGGCCGAUUCGUGCUGCGGUGACACGCAGUUCGAAUAUGAGCCGGGCGAGAUUAUCGCGCUGCUCGACGGUGCGGGCAACGAUAGGCUGAGCCAGACCUCAUCGUCAACGAGGGAUUCGGGCAGUGGUAUGGUGAGCCAGACGCCAUCUUCACCGACGGAUUCGGGCAGUGAUAUGCCGAGCCAGCCCUCAUUGUCAACGACGAGUUUGGGCAGUGACAGCGGCACGGCCGCGAAGAUCACCGAGGCGGCGACAAUAACGCCAACCGCGGCAGCAGGAACCUCGAGCCCCAGGAAUGCGGCCGUCAUUGGGCUCAGCGUCACUCUGGGUAUUGUCGUCCUGGCGGCACUGGCCGGCUUCGCCGCACUGUGGAAGAAGCUGCAGAAGGAAGCCAAAUGGAGGAAGCAGAUGGCGGAAUAUGACCCGCGUGCUUCAAUGGCGUAUCCUGACAGGAGUAAAGGAACGCCUCAGGACACCCCUCCCACCGAACUGCCGACAGAAACGGUCUCACAUACCUUGCAGGAGUUGAGGGCAUGA